UCCCCCUCCCCCUGCGUUUUUCCGAGGGCCUGCCUAGGUCCCGCGAGUGUCCAUGGAAGGCGGAAACGGCUGCGGGGACCGUCUCCUUGCCAAGGGGUGUAGUCUUCGCCGCCAUGUCCGGGGGCUUCGAGCUGCAGCCGCUGGACGGCGGCCCCCGGGUGGUGCUGGCGCCCGGGGAGACGGUGAUCGGCCGCGGGCCGCUGCUGCGAAUAACAGACAAGAGAGUAUCCAGAAGACAUGCAAUUCUUGAGGUGGUCGGUGGUCAGCUUCGAAUCAAACCGAUACACACAAAUCCAUGUUUUUAUCAGUCUUCUGAGAAGAGCCAGCUCUUACCAUUGAAGAGAAAUCUUUGGUGCUGGUUGAAUCCUGGAGACAGUUUUUCUUUGCUAGUCGACAAGUACAUUUUUUGUGUUUUCUCUACACACUCUGAAACAGAAAUGGAAUGUACUUUAAGAAAUAGUCAGAUGCUUGAAGAAGAUAAUAUUUUAAAUGAAAUGCCAAAAUCGUCCUCGGUUAAUUUGCCUGAUGAGACAACUGGUAACCCACAGCUGGAAAGAAGCACAGAAAUAGCUAAGACUCAAACCAGCAGUGCAAAUAGUGAGUGUUUCCUAGGUGAAGGUAGAGACCUCAGUAAGCAACAGUCAAACCCUGCCCAGAGGAGAAGAAUCCUGCCAGCAUGGAUGUUAACAGACAGUCGAAGUGACCAAAAUCUUUCAGUACCAGCCAGCAGUGGGGAAAGAGUGCUUGAAGCUGAGAAUGACUGCAUGGAUGGAACAUUGGCUGAUACACUUACAGGGGGACUGCUGAAGAAAGAUAAUAUAAUCCAGGGAAGUGGAAAAGAAGGAAUCUGCAAAAAGCGAUUAAUUUCAUCAGGAAGUUCAAAAAGUACAUCAGCAGAGCAAGACACAGGGAAAAAGUGCAAAAAUGCUCAUCAGGAAGAGUCUAUCAUUUCAUCCAAGGAGAUGCCACAGUCAUCUUCUGCAAUCAUAUUAAGUAAUGCAGAAGUGAAUAAUGUGAAGGCUAAGACACAGAGAAAUGAAAUCCCAAUAGAGGAACUUGGUAAGGUUCCUGAACAUAAGAUUAUUACGAAAGGAACACAAAAUAAAGAAGGCAAGGUGAUGGACUGUUCUGAGAGUUACCUGAGUGCUCAGGGCAAGUCCUUCCACGAGGAGUCUCAAGGCUCUUCUCCUGAGUCCAGCUCUGAUCUCUCCAAUCCUGAAGCUUUGCAUGCAAAGGCAACUGAUUCAGUUCCACAAGGUUCUGAAGAAAAGAAGAUCAAGAGGACAUCCUGUAUGUAUGGGGCAAACUGCUACAGGAAGAAUCCUGUCCAUUUUCAGCACUUCAGUCACCCUGGCGAUGGUGAUUAUGGAGGUGUACAAGUCACGUGUCAAGAUGAUGAGCGGCCUGAGUGUCCCUACGGAGCAUCUUGCUAUAGGAAGAAUCCCCAGCACAAGAUUGAAUAUAAACAUAGUACACUUCCAGUGAGAAGCAUCUCAGAUGAAGACAGUGUUAAUGUUGGGCAAUCCAAUGAGUAUGACCCCAAUGACAGUUCUCCAGAUGAUGAGGAAGACGAAUAUGAGCCAACAGAUGAAGAUUCUGACUGGGAACCAGGACAGGAAGACCAAGAGAAGGAAGACACGGAAGAGCUUCUGAAAGAAGCAAAAAAAUUUAUAAAAAGGAAAAAGUAACUUUUUUCUGUGCUAAUACAUGGCUCUCAUUCUUUCUGGAAAAAAUUUAGAAACGAAGGAGGCACUUAAGCAAUAAUUAUUUUCCUUCUGUUUAUAGGUAUGACUUUACUAUUGACUCUUUGCAAAUGAAACAUUGAAAUGUCAACCUUCAAUGUAGUGGAUGGAAUUUGUUUUGUUUCCUUGCUUUUUCUAUCCUAUUUAAAGCAUCUGGAAAUAGGGAGCAGAUAGACAGUUAAAGAGAAAUAAUUGAUAUUUUUUCAUUUACUUUGUGUGUUGUAAUAAAAAGUAUAAGCUAUAGGUCGCA